AUGAGCGAUAAAUUGGUCUGGAACGCAUUGGUAGCGAGAGAUAGAGAAGGAGGCAUCGGACUUACAGAGGGAAAAUUGCCCUGGAAGCUGUACAAUGAGUGGCAGUACUACUUGCGAAUGCUGCACCACGAGCAAGAUGAGUUCUUGAAAAAUGGGAAACGCACACUCUUGGUCGGUGGACCUAAAGGAACGGAUAUCGAAUUCUUGCGGACAGAUGGAUUCCACAAAGCCGGAGGAUUUUACUGGGCAGUCAUCUCCAAAUCACUCAAGCAGACUCCAGAGGGCGCAGAUUUUCUGUCCGGCGAUUAUAGCAUGGAUGAGCUGGACAAAUGGAUGAAUUCGGAAGAAUGGAGGCCGAAAAUUGGAAGAGUUAUUAUUCUUGGAGGAGUUCCGUCAUGUGGGAACACGGAUAGCUCGGUUCGCGCAGUAAAUAGCUCAUCCGGGAUUUCGUUGAUACUCGGUCGCGAAAAAGAGCGACCAGGUGUUUCGUCGACCGUCAAACCCGCUGCGAAGAUGUAUAAUUUGCUGAUGACGCUGCCGUUCCCAUCCAGGUACUUCAUGACUGUGAUCGACCACGACUUCAAAGCAGACAGAAAGAUCGACCAGUUGGACAUGUCCAAGUGGAAGCGCGUUCCUACUGAGUCAAUCAAGGAUCUUCCCGUUCUAGUUGGGCCACAACGUGAAGUCGACCAAAUCAGCGGCAAAGAAGUUAGCUACGAAGUGCACGUGUACGUCAACCACUGA